AUGACGAAUACUAUUUUACGAAAUCCAAAAUGUCCCUAUCGUACGGACGGUUAUUUUCCAAAUCGAUUUAAACGGAACUGCUAUCGGUUCAAGAAUGCUCUUCACAACCGCCUUUAUCCCAUCUCUCCAAUACUGUUUUUAACAAUAUUCAUAGUGAUUGCUUCACUUUUAUAUAAAAACCCACCGAAACAAAAUUUUCUCAUAAUUUUGCGGGAAGUACUUCAUGAACAGAUUGCAUUCAUUCUUAAUGUUUUAUUGAUUGCUUUUAUAAGCACAUACUUACCAGUAUUGCUGCUCAGAUUAGCAAUAAAGCAUUUAUAUUUUGGUUAUAAAAGAUAUCUGUUUGAAAAAGAAGGGAACUAUUCACUUUCAACAAAAGUUUGGUUUAUAUUUCACAGCUUGUUCAGUAAAUUAUCACCGCAGCUUUAUUCGUGUGAAGGAUUACUGCCAAAUUUACCGCUUCCACCGCUUAAAGGUACUAUCGCCAGAUAUCUUAACAGUGUGGAACCUUUGCUGAGUCCUGAUGAAUUUAUAAAUGUAAAGAAAAUGGCUGAGAAUUUUUUAAAAAAUGAAGGAUGGAAACUUCAAGCAUUAGCGUGGCUCUAUUGGUGCUUCGUUAGCAAUUAUGUCACAAGGUUAUGGGAGAAAUACGCAUAUUUGUAUUCGAGGAAGAGCGUUAUGAUAAAUAGUAGCGUUGCGCAUUUGGAUCUUUUCCACAAUAUACCAGCCAAUCAAGCUGUUCGAGCAGCGCUUGUUGUGUUGUUGGAAACACUGAGUAUGCUAUCAGUUGAUCGAGAAUCUUUACGACCUAUAGCUGGUGGAACAAUUAGUUUAUCACAUCUCUGGAAAUGUUAUGGAACAACACGUGUACCGGGAGAAAAUAUGGAUCAUUUGGAUGUAUAUUGUGGAACUUCACGUCAUAUUGUCGUUUAUUGUCGAGGUUGCAUUUAUAAAUUGGAUGUUUUUGAUGAGAAUAAUUGUAUUCUCAGUUUAGAGGAACUUAUUGAGAUAUUUUCGGAAUUGUUAACUCGUAAUGAAAAUGUUGGAGAAGUAGAAGGACAAAUUGCAGCAUUAACAACCGAUUGUCGAAAUCAAUGGUGUUUAAAUCGUCGUCGAUUUUUUCUCGAAAAUGCUGUAAAUCGUGCUUCUUUAGCUGUAAUAGAAUCAGCUAAUUUCUAUUUGAUACUUGAGGAUACUAAUUAUAGCGAUGAUCUGGAAUCACUGGAAAUUUUCUUAAAAAAUAUGAUAACUGGUGAUGGAAGGAAUCGCUGGGCGGAUAAAUCAUUAAAUUAUGUUAUUAGCUCUAAUGGAAGAGGUGGCGGAACAACAGAACAUUCAGUUGCCGAUGGAGCAGAAUUUGCUUAUAUUUUUGAAAAUUAUCUUUCCUCAGAAAUGGAGGCAGAGAUUAUCCGUUGUUACACCAGUUAUCAGGAACAAAUCAACGAUGUCGACGUAGCCUGCCUUAUCUUCCGUAAUUUUGGCAAAGGUUUUAUCAAAAAAACUGGCAUUUCACCUGAUGCAUUUGUUCAAAUGGCUAUACAAUUAGCAAGCUUCAAAGAUCAACGCAAAUUCUGUCUAACCUAUGAAUCGAUAUCAGCAAGAUUUUAUGCAAAUUCAAGAACAGAAACAUUACGCCCUGUAACAAAAGAAUCAUGCGCAUUUGUUAGGUCAAUGGUCACUACAGGAAGCAGCAACGAAGAACGUCUUAAAUUAUUAAAAGAAGCAACAGAAGUUCAUGCAUUCCAUAGCAAAGAAAAUCUAACAGGAAAUGGCAUUGACCGACAUUUAUUUGUUCUUCAUAUUCUAAGCAAAAUGACUGGCAUAAAUAGUUCAUUACUAGAUUACUAUAUAUCUCAACCAUGGGAACUUAGUACAAGCCAGACACCAUGUGUAACACGUCAAAUAGAUGAAGAUAAGUAUCCUGAUCUUUCAUGGCUUGGUGGCGGUUUCCAGGCUGUUUGUAAAACUGGAUAUGGUAUCAGUUAUCGUUUUGCUGGCAAUCAUUCAAUAUGUAUAAAUAUCGCCUGUUAUAAAUCUGCUGAAAAUACGGACUCACAUCGAUUUAGACAACAUUUGGUACAAUCACUGCACGACAUUUCUGCAAUAUUCAGGAUCUAA